AUGGAAAGUAACAUGUUUGAAGCUAGAAGAGCAGUGUUUAUUGCUGAGAGGAAAAUCUCAGAGAAUGAUUACGUAGGAGCAAAGCAAUUCGUUAACAAGGCUCAGAAUUUGUAUCCGAAGCUUGAUGGUUUGAAACAAAUGUCGAUAAUGAUCAACGUAUAUAUCUCUGCAUCAAACAAGAUCAAUGAAGAAGGAGAAGCUGAAUGUGACUGGUAUGGAGUUCUCGGUGUAGAUCAUUUGGCUGAUGAUGAAACUGUGAAGAAACAGUACAAGAAGUUAGCUCUUUUGCUUCAUCCGGACAAGAACAAGUGUAAAGGCGCGGAAGGUGCGUUUAAGCUGGUUUUAGAAGCUUGGUGUCUGUUAUCUGAUAAGGCUAAGAGAAAUGCUUAUGAUCAAAAGUGGAAGUCGAAAGAAGCAAAGACCGAGACGCAGAAACCAACAAACCCGCAGAAGCCGGCUUCUACUAAUAAGACUGCUCCUGUGAAUCCAUCAAAACAGAGGAAAGGCGGUAUGUUUUGGACAAUGUGCAAUAGAUGCAAGACACCUUGUGAAUUUCUGAAGGAUUCUUGUCUUAACAAGGCCAUACUUUGUCCAAACUGUGGUCAGACUUUCAUUGCAACCAAGAAAACUCCAUGGGGAAAUUUUGUUGUGAGGCCAUCUGCUAGUACAUCUCAUCAGAAACAUCCGCAAGCAAGUCCCAAGAGUUAUUCAGAGUCUGUGAAGGCCAGUACUUUCAAUUGCGUAAAAGCCACAAAUCAAGCACAAAAAAGAUCGAAAAGAGGACCUGAGGAGACGUUUGCUGCUGUGGAGAUGAUUCGUAAGAAGCUGAGGAAAGAUGUGAGCAAGUUCUCCUUUCAUCGUCGAUGUGUAAUGCCCUAG